CAAGAAAGGAACAUUCAGUUGGUCAAUUACAGCUCCUCUGCCAGAGGUCUCCAAACAGAUAUAGCAGCAGUGUGUCAUUUCAGAGGCACCUAAAGCAAAACUUUAUUUCUUUCAUUAUUUUAUUAUUUCUUUGCAGAGAUAGUUUCAAUAUGUCUGAAUCCACACCCAUUAUGGAGUUUAGUGGGACGCACCAAGCCUUCAGAGACCGCUGGGCAAAGACAGAUGAUGAGAUGUGCAAGCACAGCAUGUCUUUCCACUUACAUAACACCUUAAGAAAGGAGUUCUUCGCUAGCUACCUGUAUCUCCUCGAACAGACUCAUCUGGUGAAACUCUAUGCCGUGACUUGUGAGUACAUUAAAGGGGAGAAGCAGUUUUACUACAGGGCACAGAACUUCUAUAAGGAUGUUCCGGCAUCAGAGGAGGGCAUGAUGGGAGAUUUCGUGGAGAUUUCUGAGGUUGAUCUUGAGGGCUCAAGGCAGUUCCUAAAGAAAUUUGUUGGUCCAGGGAAGGCCGGCACCAAGCGUGCAUUAGACUGUGGUUGUGGAAUUGGGAGAGUGUCUAAAGGAGUUCUGUUUCCUGUGUUUGAAUCCAUGGAGAUGCUUGACAUGAUGGAAGAGUUCAUCCUCCAUGCUCACGAGUGUUACCUUGGAGAUUACGCAGACCAGGUGGAGGCCUACUAUCUUUACAAUUUGCAGGAAUUCAUCCCACCUCCAGAAAGAUAUGAUGUCAUCUGGAUGCAGUGGAUUGCCUGUCACCUUACUGAUAAGGACCUGAUGGAGUUUUUAAUGCGUGCAAAGCAGAGCCUGAGGCCCAAUGGUGUGAUCAUUAUCAAGGAUAACAUGGCACGGCAGGGCUGCAAGCUGGACCCUAUUGACAGCAGCAUCAUCCGCCACCUGGACAUCAUGAAGAGCAUCAUUCAGAAAGCAGGUCUCACCAUACUGGACGUGGAGAAACAGGAAGGCUUUCCUGAGGUCAUUGUGCCUGUAUGGAUGAUUGCCAUGCGCUGACCCUCAGACUGCUUAAAGAAAAGUGGUGGUUCAGAAAUAUGUUUAGAAGGUUUUGGAAGGAGAGACACACUUUGUUCACUAUGCUUUAUACAUACACUUGUGUAUACUGCUAUGCAAAGGCAAAAUAUAGUAACUAAACUUUUUGUCAAUAUUAUAUUAUGACUAAAAUCUGGUAUUUUAGACUAUAAUGAAUGAAACAAACAAACGAAAACAAAAAAGAUGAAAAUAUAUUUUCUCUAUAGAUUUCUUUUUCUUUUUUUUUCAGGCUGCUUUCUUCAGCAUAGUGCAAAUUUAUAUAUUUUUAUUUAUUAUACGUAAUAUACAGUGUAUGUAAGACUAAGAUCAUUUAAAAGAGAGUGAAUUUAUUUUGCCUGUGUCACAAAUAGCAUAGAUUUUUUUUUUGUCAUUGAAAUGGAACACUAAAAUGAAGACAGAUGUACAUAAUUGUAUUGCCCUUUUCAGUGUAUUUAGAAUUUUGUACAUUUAGUAACACAAUGUAAAACUUUUUAUGUAGUUUUUUUUUAUAAGAAAGUAAUGUUUUUGUGUCUGUCUGUAACAGACAGAAUUAAGUGUAAUAUAUGUUAGUGCCAUUGUUUUUCUUUUUGUACAGUACAUAUGUUUAUCAU